CGAAAUUCGGAUACGCGUAUGGAAUAGAAACCGUCUCGGCGACGACAAUGACGUCCUUCUGGAAGCAUUGACAUGUUUCAUUCGGGGUCCCCCGCAAAUUGGCGUCUCGCUCGUCUGUGCCCGAAGCUCCAUCAAGCUUACCAAUUCAAACAGAGAGAGAGAGAGAGAGAGAGAACUGCUGGUGGUUCAAAAGCGAAUUACAAAACCAAUUCAGCAAUUCGGAAAAACGCGGCCGGCUUGGCCUCCCGGAUAAAGACGUUAGUAGUCUAGUAGCUUUGACUUGGUAUUCUUGACCUUGCCUCGAUAGGAAAGCCAGAAAAGACAUCCCUGGAAGAUCGUCGACAUAGGAAAAAACAACAGCCCACGAUGUGCUGUCGCUUUGGACACAGGGGAGAGAGUGCCAGUGUCGUGGUUGCUGUCCCAGCAGUUUGGAUAGUGUCACAGGAGUCCACUAGGUAUCUCAGGGCAAAUCCAUCUCGCGCCGUUCGGGUUUGUCUGUUACUCGCGUGGUGGUGGUAUGUUGACAGAAUGGUUCAACAUGAGAUGAAUCCCCACUUCCAACGCGACUGAACUGAGAUAUCCAGGCGCUAGCGCAGGGACUCAGGGCUUUGCUUGGCGGGUUCGAUAGGAUCAACGGCCGAUUUCUGAAAGAUUGGGUAUUUUUUUUCUUAUUUUUUUUUUUGCGCCAGCGCCAACAACAGAAAGGUGGGCAACAGGCGAGCCACUCGAAAUCCCUGUGCAUUCCCGGCCUUCCGGGAUGUCCACAGGCCCCGUUCGACCAGGGCCCACACGGCCCUCGCUCUAGCAUUUCUAGUCGGCCUGCUCCCGCCAUCGUCUUUUCCAUCGCCUUUGGCUUUUGUUGGUGUUGUCAACAGCUUCACCGCGCGCGCUACUCACCGAGGCACGCCGAAAACACACGCCGCCCGACCGCCCGCCAUGGCCACCAAUGCGACAAGCUUCACGUCGCCUCUGGCGACAAUCAAGUAUGGUGCCGUCCCAGUGCCACCACAGCUCGAGUAUGUCUUCGAGAUAGUCGCCAAUGCGAGUGUCUGGCAGAUCCUCGUCACACUUCUCGCGCUUGCCGUUGUCUAUGACCAGAUCCGGUAUAUCCUCAACAAGGGUACCAUCGUGGGUCCCGCCAUGAAGGUCCCCUUCAUCGGCCCCUUCCUCGAAUCUGUCAACCCCAAGUUCGAGGAGUACCACGCGAAAUGGCUGUCGGGUCCCCUGAGCUGUGUUUCCGUCUUCCACAAGUUUGUCGUCAUCGCCUCGACCCGCGACAUGGCCCGCAAGGUGUUCAACUCGCCCGCCUUCGUCAAGCCCUGCGUCGUCGAUGUCGCUCACAAGCUUCUCGGUGCCGACAACUGGGUCUUCCUCGACGGCAAGGCCCACGUUGACUUCCGCAAGGGUCUCAACGGCCUCUUCACCCGUCGCGCCCUCGAGAUCUACCUCCCCGGCCAGGAGGAGGUGUAUAACCGCUACUUCAAGUCCUUUAUUGACAUCUCCAAAGCCGCCAACUUCAAGCCCGUCCCCUGGAUGACCCAGUUCCGCGAGAUCAUCACGGCCGUCUCCUGCCGCACCUUUGUCGGCCACUACCUCGGCGACGAGGCCGUCAAGAAGAUCGCCGACGACUACUACCUCAUCACCGAGGCCCUCGAGCUCGUCAACUUCCCCAUCAUCAUCCCCUUCACCAAGACCUGGUACGGCAAGAAGGCCGCCGAUAUGGUCCUCGCCGAGUUCGCCCGUUGCGCCGCCAAGUCCAAGAUCCGGAUGGCUGCCGGCGGCGAGCCCAACUGCAUCAUGGACGCCUGGGUUGUCGAGAUGAUUGCCUCCAAGAAGUGGCGCGACGCCGAGGAGGCCGGCAACACCGAGGGUCUCACCAAGCCGACUCAUGUCCUUCGCGAUUUCACCGAUUACGAAAUCGCCCAAACCGUCUUCACCUUCUUGUUCGCCUCCCAGGAUGCCACCUCUUCUGCCGCCACCUGGCUCUUCCAGAUCAUGGCCCAACGCCCUGACGUCCUCGACCGCGUCCGCGCUGAGAACCUUGCUACCCGCAACGGAAACCCCAACGCCCCUGUUAACCUUGAGCAGCUCGAGUCCAUGACUUACACCCGCGCUGUGGUCAGAGAGCUCCUCCGCUACCGCCCACCAGUGCUCAUGGUUCCUUAUGUCGCCAAGAAGCCCUUCCCCAUCACUGACACGUACACUGCGCCCAAGGGCUCAAUGGUCAUCCCGUCGACGUACCUCGCUCUUCGCGACCCAGAAGUCUAUCAAAACCCCGAUGUCUUUGACCCCGAGAGGUACUACACCGGCGACGCCGAGGUCAAGGGCGCAAAGAACUACCUCGUGUUCGGCACAGGUCCUCAUUACUGCAUUGGUCAACAUUACGCCCAGAUGAAUCUUUGUCUCUUCUUGGGGAAGGCGAGUCUGCAGUUGGAGUGGGAGCACCAUGCCACGCCUUUGAGUGAGGAGAUUCAGGUUUUUGCGACGAUUUUCCCCAAGGAUCAUUGCCCGCUUGUGUUUAAGGAGAGGAGAUGGUAGAGGGGGGUGUGUGUAGAUAUUAAAGGGUUAAUUAUAGUAAGAGGAUGAAUGAUAUGAAACACAACCUAUCAGUGAUGAUGAAAAUAAUGGAGAGG